AUCACCCACCUCUCCAUCCCCACACGCACCGGGAAAAGCUCACACACCUCUUCAUCUACAAGCACACAAACACACACUGGGAUCCAUCCACGAACCGUGGAGAGUGCGCGCGCCAGUGUAUCUCCGAGGUUAAACAAGAAGGAGGCAAAAACAAAAACUCUAGCGAUCUCGUUCUCCCACCAAAGAGUCCUGGUGUCUUUUUGACAUCCGGCUGAAGAUGUUUGAACACCAGGACCCCUCGCUGAAAACAACGACCGGUCACAGAAUUUCCUUUUCAAUUAUGGACAUUCUGGACCCUCACAAGUUCACACGUAAAAAGCUAGACGGACUUUCUCAAGCGAGCAGCGAGAAGUCUUUACUGAGCACGGAGUUUGGAAACAUGUCCAGUUCACCCUCAGGCAGAGAGACACCUUCUCCAACUGAGCCAUUACUCCUCAACAAGAAUCCAGGUGGUCGCACAGAGGAGGAACAGUGUAACUCGCCGCUCACACCUGAUGUAGAGACAAUCACCGUCCACCCUCGACUCUCGUGCUCCAAAAACCCGACUGAGGAGGACGGCGAAGAGGACGAAAGCAGCAGCAGUAGUAACAGCAGUAGUAACAGCAGUAGUAACAGCAGUAGUAACAGCAGUAACGGUGUCGCGGAUGCUUCGAGCCCAGAGGAGCACGCGCGCCGCCGCCGCCGCCGCUCCCGGUCUGAACACGGGAGCGCGCGCCCCCGACGCGCCAGAACCGCGUUCACUUACGAGCAGCUGGUGGCGCUGGAGAACAAGUUCCGCGCAACGCGCUACCUGUCCGUGUGCGAGAGACUGAACCUGGCGCUGGCGCUCAGUCUGACCGAGACCCAGGUAAAGAUCUGGUUUCAGAACCGCAGGACAAAAUGGAAGAAACAAAACCCGGGGGCUGCAGACAGCAUCCUGCAAACGCCGAGCUCCAGCGUGAGUCCCGGUGCCGGAUUGUGCGGAUCGGCUGUCGCUGGAUUUCACUCUUUCCCGCAUUUCAGCGACGGUAACGGCUAUUUCCACUCCUCCAACCCGGGGCCGUUAUCAAACCCCGGUACACUCCUGCGUCCGUUUUUUUCCAGCGGCUUCCUGCAACCCGCCUUCUUCCAGCAUCAUUUAUAAACGGAAAGGAAAAGAUGCUGAAUGACGAACUUCAAAAGUAUAACGAAAAUAGAUCAAUACAUAAUCACAAGAGUUCAACUGGGUUUUUUUCCCCUUCCAGUCUGGUAAUCCAUUACAUCUGACCCCGCAGAACUUUCUCCCAUAUAACCAGACAAAUCAUUAUUUUAGGACUAAGAGAUAAACCACAGCCUAUACUUUCCUACUGUCCUACAUAAGUCACAUUUUAUGAACUAAGAUCAAACCUUGUUAAUACUUGACACAUCUGCAACAACAUAUUUAUAUACAACAUUUUUUUUGUUGUUAUAAGAUGAAUAAUUGAAUGCUGUAUAAGAAAUCAAG